UGAUUGAAGCCGCUGAGCCUGAGAGCCUGAGAGUUGUUGUAAAACAAGGAAUAGAAUAAUCGUCCUAUUUUCGAUUUUAGCCGAGAUCACCAGUUUGAAUUUUGAUUAAAACAAUCAGAAUGAAUCCAAUGACGAAUAUGAAAAACGUGUUAAAGUUGAGCGAUCAAGACCUGAAGUUUGGCGGCAAAAAUUCUUGGCACGACCAGUACAAGGAUAGUGCGUGGAUUUUCGUCGGAGGCUUGCCGUCGGAUCUAACGGAGGGAGACUUGCUGGCAGUAUUUUCCCAGUAUGGUGAAAUCGUCAAUAUCAAUCUGAUACGGGAUAAAAAGACCGGAAAAUCAAAAGGGUUUGGUUUUAUCUGCUUCGAGGACCAGCGUUCGACUAUUUUGACGGUGGACAACAUGAACGGCAUUAAGCUGUUGGGACGAACGAUACGAGUCGAUCAUGUGGCGGAUUAUAAACCGCCAAAAGAUGACAAGGCCGACGAGGAGACCCGCAAAUUGUACAUGGAGGGAUGUGCACCAAAAUAUAGUUAGUUUCUAAAUAUUAGACUUUAUUGAAUUUAUUUAUCGGAGUGUUCAAUUAUUUAUGUAUGUUUUCAAGAUAAGAUAUACAGUUAUUAAGUAUUUUA